AUGGGCCUCGUAACCGUUUACGGCUUGCGACACUGGAGCAGGGUCAACGUUUGCGAGGAGCUCGAUUCCGAUCGCCGCCAAUGGGCCGCCGCUAUCCGUGACAUCCGUGAAGCCGAUUCAUCCAACAACAGGAGCGAAUUGGAUCAAGUACAAGUAAGUAUGCGUUCCACCAUGCCCGCCGUGUUCGAAAUUUGUUCUCGUUAUGGGAACACAACCCGAACAACGCUUGCUGUACCCUGA